CCAGCGGAAGCCUAGAGAGGCGGAUGAGGUGGACGCUCUUGUUUGGUCAGCGCUCGAUUUUACUGCACUAUCUACCACAUUUCGAAGGCCCCCGUGCGCACGUGACGAACGAUUUCCGACGCCUCCGAGUCCAUAAAAGCCAUGGAUCUGCGCAAAGUCAAGGAUGACGAGAAGCUGCGACUGUGUCGGUGGUACUACCGGGGCGGUUUCUUUGCGCUGCCGUUCCUGUGGCUGGUGAACGCGGUCUGGUUCUUUCGGGAGGCCUUCAUCAGGCAGCCGUUCGAGGAACAGAAGAUGAUCAAGGCGUACGUGAUCAGGUCGGCCAGCGCCUCGCUGUGGACCGUCGUGUUGGUCGCCUGGGUGACGUACUUCCAGCUCAACCGCGUCCAGUGGGGAGCCUUCGGCGAUGCCAUAUCAUUCAUCACUCCCACGGGAAUACCCUGAUGUCCGGUGACAAGACUGCGCAUCGUUCCCUCCAGAAAGCUCGCCAGAGUCGCGACUGCGAACUCGCUGUUUAUUUUUCUCCUUUCUUGGCGACGUUGCAUUGUGCGCGGACAAAUGAGCAUCGCCGUUAAAUCAACACGCUGUAGCCGGCUCCAGUAAAGCAAUUACUCUUGGCCACGCGAUU